AUGGGCAGUCCUGAUGUCCAUACUGGAUCCUUGCAUGCGGCUGGUGAAAGCGGAAGUUGUAAAAAGGGUUUACUGCGCAUCAGGCAGCAAUAUGCGCUUUCAACACAGGCGUCCAUAAAACUUUCUACUGUGCUUUGUCGUAAUCAGGGUCACGUGGACAAUGAGCCCAUUGUGGCACAGGGCGCGCACCAGGAAGGUGGUGUUGGAGAUGCUAAAUGCGUUGGAAUGCAAAGUGAGAAUGUACAUUUGCUCGGCUGCCAAGAACAUCAGUGGCCUGUGAGAGGUGAGGAGACUUGUUUACUAUCACAUGGGCAUGAUUCCAGCUCCGACACGUCACGUAGUGGGCCCCGUGAACUUAGGUCCUAUUCGACAGAUUGGCAAGACCGAGAAUCUGGCUACAAUCGAGGAAACGAGGUAAAUGGCGAUGACCCGGCAUGUCAAGCCCAUCAUAUUGGCUGUCCGACCCCUUGCCCUGAGGCCGGGUCCUCUCCGCCUCGUUUCUCUUCACCUAUGUUAUCUGCAUCUUCGCUUCCUGCUGGUUCCACUUGUCUCUCUUCGCAUGGAUUUCAUACUUCUUCCUCUCUUCUUCCCUCAUCUUCUCUGACUUGCUCGAUUCCCUCUAAGCCUCCUCCUCAUCGUGUGGAUUCCUCCACUAUCUUGCCAGUGCCUGAUACGACUCCCGUCCUCGCAUCGAGUCAGAAAUCGUGUUUCAGAGAGACGGACCCCUGCAGUUUUGUGAAACUAACGGACGUUCCCACACGAUGGGUUGCUAACCUACCAGAUGACCAUUCAACUUCAGAGGCUGGUCUCCCUUUUGUGAGACAAACCCAACAGUAUACCGCCUCGAGUGAUACUACUUCACUCUCACGUGGUAACAUGUUCUGUGAAGAACAACAGGAGGGGAUGAGCACGUCAUUACUGUCGGGAUCCGUGGCCCCACAAACCACCGACAGCAGGAAAAACGCAUUCGUGCCUCGUCUUCAGGGAAAGGGCGGAUGUUCGGUUCUCGCCACGGCGGUAGCUAAUGCUGCCAUCAGCAUUGCCGAAGAGGAGCCUUUGUCAUUGUCGUGCGACAGAGUGACGAGAUCUGUCUAUGACACACCAUGUCAUUUGCAUGAGGAUGAAUGUGCGGGAGUUCUGUCUGCGUUUUCUGUUCUACCGGUAUCCUCGGCUUCCUCAUCUGAUCGGAACGCGACGCCCACAUCGAGUGCUAGCAACCAUUCACCAUUACUCGGUUACAACAUACCACAAAGGGGAGGUGACCUCCAGGGAAUGAAGACAGCAGGGGAAUUUCGGUGGGUGUACCGAGGAGUGGAAGAGGAAGACCAAUGCGACAUUGGACACAGGCAAGGCACAGGAAAUACUGGACACGCCGGACAAGGAACAGAUCGCGAAGGCGGUAGCUGCAGUCUGGCAACUCCAACAGAAACCAGUCAUGCCGGGCGGCAGCUGGGUGUGCUACAGACUACGGCCACGAGGCAGAGGAAUGCAAUCGAACGACAAGGACAGGAGCAAAACAGGCAUCAACAGAUGCUGCAUGGGAGCACUGCACAACACGACGAAGUAGAAGUACAACGUGUGAAUGGAAGCAACGUGAGCGGAUCCGAAGCGUCAUCGUUCCCGCCAUCCCCUUCUGGCCAUUUGGCGUCCGGUAACGGUGCCAAGGACAGCGACCAAAUAGCUGUUUCUGUUUUGACUACGCAAGAUAGCCGCUUGGAAAAUAGUUGUACAUUCGAGGAAAGUGAGGAAACGCAUGGUGCCUUCGCCGCUUCAGGCAGAGCUACUCCCGGCUCGUCGACCCCAACGGCAAGUGCUUCCAAUGAGUAUUUUGAUUUUAACCUGAAGGGAUCAGACACAGGGGAGUAUGCCUCUUCUUACUCAGAAUGUACGAAUAACGUGAGAGACAAAACAAUGGUGAAGGAGGAGGCUGUAAAAGAAGACGUGUAUAAUAGAAAUUCACCACGCUUGCCGAUGUCAACAUACCAUGAGCGUCAGACGUCAUGGCUUCUAAAUAGAAGUGCGUUUUCACACACGACGUCCUCGCUCUUGGAAACGCAUUUUGACGACUGCACCUUAAUCAACAGACCUCCAGUGGAUAUCUCUUCGAGCUCGGAACAUCUGUGGGUUCCUUAUUCGUUUCGUGCUACUCACCAGCCUUUAUCUGCUCCUUCCUUGUGUCCUAAGCCUCCCCGAGUGCCCGAUGCAUUUCCUGAGAACGACACGGAUGGGAUUGCGGGAGCAAACGCUAUGGCUGAAGACAAAGAACACAAGAACCAGCAUGAUCUCCGGCUCGCCUCAGUUCAGGAUGAAUCUGUCUCUCGCCGAAGCACGGGAGGUUUCAGUGGCUGUUCGCUAUCUGGCACUGAUGCCGGGGAGACCCCGUUAGGCAUAGGCAACGAAGACGAGGAACCGCUGGCGGUGCAGCCGUCAGAUCAUUUGCAUGCUACCGCAUUUUUUAGUGCGCUGAGGACACAUCCGGUACUGAGCGAAGGAGCCGGCGGGAACCCCAGACAUGGCGGACAAAGCCUCAGAGCAGGUUAUGCAUCUCAAGAGGAAUCGGAGAUGGUAGCUGUGGUAAUGGGAUGGGGUCUACGUGCUGCACAUAACUGCAAAGACAAUCGUGAAUGGUGUCCGUUCUUUUCGGAAUUCGAACGAACAGGGUAUGCUCACGAAGCAGCCAUCGUUGUGAGCCGGGGAGAGAACCAUAAAAGGGCCGCGCCACUGCGUGCUUUUUCGCUAUCACCGAACUAUAAAACGGGACUUCAUUCGACUUUAGGAAAAACCGAACCUGGCAUGUCCGCAUCUACAGCAUUUUGGUCGGACCCCGAUGACGAUAAGGGCAUUCCGUUGGAGAGACAAAGUCCACAAAUAGAAUCACUUUCCUCCUCCUGUUAUGACCAUGGCGAAACAGCUGAUCUACUAGCCCGCGGCAUCCACGGAGCGUUCGUGGCAAACUCGACUGUUCACGAAGCCGAAGGGGGCACCGGCAGUCUGUCAGUCUCGAGAGGCAGCCCGUCGACCUCAACGUCAGGGAGGCAGCAGUAUAGUCGCGAGAGUGGCAACGCAGCCUCCACCAUCUUUUUGCGUUGGACUAUGGAGAUAACACGUCAAUUCGCUUCUUCCUCGCACGUCGGGCUGAACAUAACAGAGAAGCGAGAAGAUUAUGACCCGGCGACCGAACCUGUUUUCACGGCAGGCGGUGACUCCUCAUGGGACACGUGUUGCAUUUACUGCGACCCUCUGUCGGAAAAGAGGGGAGACGCAGAACUCGAAGAGAGACGAACUGAAGGAGACGUUGUUUCCUCUCGGCUGACCCUUUGCACAGGCAGCGCUUCCAGAUCGUCCUACUAUGUGCUGGAACGGCAAACCGGAGUGGAUCGCUUUCGCAACAGCGGGUUUGCCCCCUGCCGAGGCGCCUUCGUUCGCGACACUGUCUGUUCGACAACUUCGAUGGAUCUGUCUCUGUCGCCCCGCAUUCUGUCCUUGCCGACUUCUUCUCAGAGUUUCCCUUCUCGGUUGUUCUUCCCAAUCGUCUUUUCUCUGCUGCCAUCUUCACUCCGCAUUCCUUCUGUGGCAGCCUGGCCCUCACCAACGUCCCAGUUUAAUUCGUGCUUUGUGCUUGCUUCUUGCUUCGUAAUCAAGCGAUGGAUCCGGCUUCCCGCCACAAGACGGAGGCUGGCCGUGUGCCCCGGCUUAAUUGUCGUGCGAGAACUCCUUUCCGGUGAACGAGACGGUUUGCUUUUUCAUUCCCUCAGUGCGGGUGUAACGACUAAGGAGGGAAUCUGCGCGCCCACAUCUUCUGCCUGUGUUUCAUCACGUCUAAUUAGCUCGGUGUUUUGUGACUCUCUUCUGUUGAGAAAGAGAAGACGAUCUGCUCCAUCAUUAUAUGAGGGCGAGAGCCCAAGGGCGGGUGACAGCACGCGAGAAGAGGGGUGCGAUUUAUCGCCCGAGGGGCGUAAGGAGUUAAACGAGGAGGACUCCGUUUCCUCUGCAUUUCCCACCCUUCCUCCAGACGAAAUCCGAUGUGAUGUGGGCGCUCCGUGCCUUCGACAAAGUGGGAACGCCUAUCAAUCAGACGAGACGACUGCAUGCCUACGCCAAGGCGUGGGAAAGCGGUUCUGUGCUUUGAAGAUCCAAGAGUCAUUUGCAGACCAGAGUAGAAGGGGAGAAAAAUGUGGAGGAACAGAGGAACCUGAUGCAAGAGAGGAACUUUCGCAACGAGUUACCUGUCGACGGAGUCACUCCCGUCAAGGCCAGAUCCUUGUCUUACUUACUCCAGGUGGGCACGAGCAAGCUUGGUUAUCAUGGGGUGCGAGUCAACAUGCAUUAACGGGCGUGGAACCUUUUGUAGAUAGUACGCAUGGAGGACUCAGCGAGGAGGCUCAAUCACGCGACACGAAGGAAAGCGGUAUGUAUUUGUUCAAGCAAGUGGACAGCGGUAGCGGAGACGGGCACGAGAGCGCGACCGAAAGCAUUAUCGAGUCAUGCGACGGAAAUCGUCGGACUGCGGUAGCUCGAGGGAGCAUCCAAAGAGUCGUUUUGAUAUCUUCUUUUAAUGCUCCCCCUGUAGGGGUCUCUCCUUCUAUCGAGGCUUCCGCCUCUAUUGUCGCUUCUUGUUCCAUCUCUGUUUCUUCGUUUACCACUCUUUACCUACCAGACCCCACCCUGGAUUCCGGCGGAUACCAGCUAGCAAAUUCGCUGUUUGACCUCACAUUAUUCGGGCCCCAUUCUCGUAGUCCUUUCGCGGGCAUACCCAGGAGCCACCCGUUAGCCAAACGACGAAAUGGUGGAGAGGUUACUUCGGUUUCCUGUGUUGCCGCUGAAGUCACCGCCAACGCUCAGCAUCGGAACUCAUGCGGAGACUCGGCAGAUUCUCGAGAUGUCCGGAGGUGUUCUCCCUCUCUGAAGCCAGCUGGGCCAACCGAUAGUAAAGCCGUGACGGUAAUCGACAACCGCCACGGUUGUGGACAAGAAUGCUUGGCUUCAUUGCUCCCGAAACAUGAGUAUUCUCCAGUUGAUCGGCAGCUGAGAAGAACAUAUAAAGACACUCUGAACAUGUGGACUGUGAACAGAACUCGACGGUCUACGCUGCUGUCAUAUCACCGACAUUGGGUGUUUAUUACAUCGGCCCGUUCCCCUCUGCUUCCACCGCGGCAUCAGACGAUAGCGCUCUUCGCGGCUGCUGUAUGCGUUGACAACGACCGUGAGCAAGAUACCACUCUUACCACGGAUGCUGACAGAGCAGGAGCAGGAGAGGCAGAGGAAGCAGGCAAUGAAGAGGGAUCAGCUGACGGGAACUGUCAAAACGCCAGCGAUCAUACCGUUCCCGAUAGGGAGCCUCAAGUUUUCGCAGCACUGUCGCGCAAUGCUCGUCGGCAUUCAGAGCUUCCCGAUUUGCGGCGACAAGACAGUAGUGAGAAUGAAGGGGCGAAUGCACACAAACAUGGCCGAUCAUUGGCGAGUGAAGAGAAACACCCGAAAAAACGCGAGGGUGAGUCGAAAGAAGCAGAGAAGACAGACUCAAGCCCAAGCAAAAAGAAACAACAUGCAACUGCGAAAUCGCCGAAGGACGUGCAAGAUAACAGGAGUGAAGGAAGAACCCGACGAAAACGCCCCCUCUGCGAGACGAGCAAUGAAUCUGAGAAGGCAGAUGGCGGCAAGAAUCGUCCAGUGCGGAAGUCUCCAAGAGAUGGACAGACAGCCAAAAGCGCAUCUAAGCCAACAGCAAAGAAGCCGCCUAACCGCGACAGGCAGGGUGCACGGGCAAAAGGAAGAGAAAAUAAGCAGAGUGAUGGGCGAGGAACAGCCGGUGAGAGUGAGGAUCAACGGAAGGAAGAGAUCGCGCAAAACGACGCUGGCUGUUCGCCUGGCACCUCUACAGCAGAAGCAGGCCAUCGGCCUCAGACGCGUAACGCAAGGCGAAGAGCACAAGAACGUGAAAUGAUGAACACGCUAGAUAAUGCUUCUGCUGACAGAAUUGACAGAGCUUCACAACUCCUAGCGCAGGUAGGAAGUCAGGACGCAAAACGUGAACGAGAACGAGGAGAGCUGAAAGAGCAAGAGAGUGCUUCUCCUGACAGAACCGCCGGAGCUGCAGAACACCCAUCCAAGCAAGUUGGUGAUGAACCCAAAAGCGAGCAACAGUCAUGGAACGAACAUGAACGGGGAGACGAAGGCGCAAAGACAGGCUUCGCAAACUUGCCGUCGCCAGGCCAAACGGGGAAUACUGUUGCUCCGAAGACUCCGCAAAAAGCACGUGGGAGGCGGGAACGCAGGAAACAGAAAACUCCACAAGACAGUGCUGAUACAUUGGAAAAGCCUGUCUUCAUUCCUCACAAAACGACGGGGGCGCAUCAGCCUGCAAGAGGGAGAAGAAGACGCCUGACCAGCCCUUGUCGUUCAACGCCAGACCGCCGAAUUCGACGCCGGAUGCAGAUGGACCCAUCCGUGUCGUUGUCGCUUUGUGUCUCGGUGGCAUCUGCUGCACUUUUUGCUUCUCCAUCCGCUACAUCAUCUGCUGGGGCUUUCGCGACAACGACACAAAUUGGAAUAGACCAAGAACGGACAAUACAGGAGACACAUCUUCGCGCAAAUAUGCAGGCGAGUCUCCUUUCAAACCAAAGAGCCACAGCUGAAGGUGGUGUGCCUCCUCAUUUGCUCGUCCCUGGAGGAGAUGCAAGACUUGCAACGAUAAAUGCAGAGGACAACGAGAAGCCGGAAAAGACAGAGGACAGGAAAGACGAGCUGCGAAGUGGGACGCAACAAUCGAGAAACGAGAAUUCAGCCAAAGAGCCGACAGCAGAUCGGUAUGGCGAGGACAUAGUGGCUGAUUCGGGGACAAAGGACGACUUCCCAGUAGAGCAAGGACAACGUGUAGAAGCUGGAGCUUUCGCGGAUGAAGAAGGGCUUCGCGCGAGGCCAGCUCUGCUUGCACUUCUGCGAGCCCGGAGCGAGGAAGAAGAACGCGAGGCGUUAGAAGGAGGAAGAGGAAAGGAACCUGGAAGCAGAAGAAGCCUGCGCCCCCGGCGACCGUCUUGGCGACUUUGCCAAGCAUUAGAAGAUCUAGUGUCCCCGGGAGACGUUCUCAAUCGGGGUGUGUUCCUCACACCCUCUGAGGCAGAGCCCAACGAAGUCGAUGGCGAGAUGGAGCCGGGGGGUGUCGGCGAACAGGUGAACUCCGUUUCUGUCGACAGGGAUGCAACAGAACAGAAUACAAGAGCGACGCCUCAGAAACGGUGUAGGCGGCGGACGACAGGGCGACGUCGAAGCGGAGCCCGGCGAAAGGUCGGCAACCAAAUCCGUGUUGCCUCUCCUGUAUCCGCUCCGUUGCAACGGUGGGAGGGGACGCGACCGCGUCCCACUAUCCCUACAGCCCGAACACGAGAGGCAUCCCCUUCUGUCUCCCCAGAGAGAGCAAGCAAAGCUUCCACCUUCGGUUCUUUCAUUGCUUAUUCUUCGUCGACAGGUGGAGUAAAGGCGAUUGCCGCCGGGCCCCCAAAACGGGAAGGGGAAAGGUGGAAUGUUGGAUGUCAAAACAGAAACAUGGAGAGGAAGAGAGUGACGCGACAGAGGGCCGACGGUUCAACUCCGGGGCCGUCUCUGGAGGCUAACCGUGGAUCAAACGGAGAAUCCCAUACAGAAAACGGGAAUGUGUUGAAGCACGAGCUUGCUCCUGGAAACCUUCCAAUCGUGCAGGCCCAGUCGCCCACUCCGUUCAAUAUUCUCCUCUCCCGUCCUGCCGGAGAACAGCGACGAAGCGACGCGUCACGGCCAUCCUCAGGUUCGUCUGUCGAGCGUGGCAGGACCCUCUUGCUGCCAUCAGCGUUCGAUGUGUUCCGCCCUAACCCACAAUCCGGCAUAAACUGCAGUGGAAACGUUCGUUCCCUGGAUUCGACACUCACCCCAAACAGGCGUGCAACGGUGCCCCAGCUACCCCCCAGCUCUCCUAUUUUCGCCUCUCGUUCUGCGUCUCCUGCGGCUACCUCGCGUUUUCCGCGUCUUUCGGGGCAGGUUCAGGCUCCUGAAGUUUUUGAUCAUCGACCUCAGCCCCGCCAGACCUCCACGUGGGCUCCGCACUUCCCGGCCGAGUCGCCAUUGCCCGCAGACGACGUGGAAAAUUUUCAUAUGGCUGCCAUCGGGCUGACCACGCCUUCCACGCCUGUGCCGGAGUAUUUUCUGCGUACCCGCCGAGGUCGCUCUCCGCAGCAAGGGUCUCGGCCAAGCCUCAGGGUCUCGAGCAUCGCCAGCCUAACCGCCCCGUCUUCGUCAGUUCCGUCUCGGUCGCCCUCCGAAAGUCUACCUUUCCUACCGAGGUCGCCGAUGAGUGGCCGACGAACAGCGUGGACGAGGCAAGUAGCGCACGAGCGGUUCAGAGAAGAAGUCGAAGGACGCCUCUUUGCUGCGUCUGUAUCAGGUGCCGAAGCGAGGGGGAAUUCUCCCCCUGCUAAGACGGCUGACGGCAUACCUGAAAGUGCCCCACAGUCAGACCCUGCGGUUGAGUCCUUGCCAUUUCUGCCCUCCACUGGUACAUUUUUAUCCUCCUCUUCGCCGCGUUUGUCCACUUUCAGCUCUCGGACUUCUCCCAACGCCAGAAGCUCUUUGCAUGCUGCUUUUGCCAGUCUAGAAAGAGGGGAGGACAUCCAUCCCAGCGUUUUCCGCAUUCCAGCGGGUCAGCGGUCUUGGCAGUCGGUUUCCCCAUCGCCCUAUUUUCGUCGUGUGCGCCCGGUCCGCCUCCUGCGCGCGAGAACUUCCUCGCGAAAUCGUCGAUUUGAGUCGCCGCGUCGAGGUGAGUCGUCGUGGGCGCCUUCUGUUGCAUCCUCGAAAUCACCGGGUGUUGGUGAUCAAUCGCCGACUGUUGUGUCAGCGCGGUUCUGGAGAGGGUUCUCUCCCACUUUCUCUCCCCGUACCCACGACGGGCAGCCACGUGAAAGCCUGGAAAGAGCUCAGCUGUCGACUUGUCCCACUCCUCAGCCAUAUCUCCCAAGCCCGCCUGGUGUCACCGUUCACUCGUGGGACCCGCUCGAGGCUGGGUGAACAGUGAAUUUUAAUUAUAUCGCCGCUGCCGUUGCAUCCAUGCCCAUGUUCGUAUCUGCCUAGCUGAACACGGUCAUAUCAGUAUACGCGUAUUUAUACAUAAGUGUGUGGGUAUCUGUGUGUUCCUGUUUGAAGCAUCCCUGCAAGCAUAUUCUCUGUCUCUGUCCAUAUAUGUAUUCAUAUAUAUAUAUAUAUAUAUAUAUAUAUAUAUUGUAGUGUGGAGAUAGCAGGUAAGGGUGUCAGAUAUACAAAUAUAUGUAAGCGUAUACAUUUUUAUCUAAAUGCUUUCACCAAUACAUCGUGCAUAUGUUUACAUGUCUAUGCCUGCAGAUGUAUAUAUAUAUAUAUAUAUAUAUAUAUAUAUAUAUAUAUAUAUAUAUAUAUAUGUUCACAUACGAAUAGCAUGGAAAUGGCUGCCAGUUUCGUCCGAUGCGUUUGUCCCUUCGUACGUUCACCUUUGCCAGCGUCUCGUUGUGUGUGUCUGCCACUCUUCUGCACAUCACAGAGGAGAGUCAGGCGAUGGGACAAGGAUAGUAAUGUCUCUCCUUGUUUGAUGUGGAGAUUGGUUUCUUUGUCGUUUGCCUUAGCUCGUGCAUGUCCGUCGGUCUUCGUACUCCGGGUCUUUCUUGAACGACGUUUUGAUUCAGGUGUAAGGGGACGAUGUUUAGACGAAACACGUAGAAAUAAGAGGAGCCGCGUCCGCCAGCUUCGGGAAGCAAUGAUGAUAGCGAGGGAGUGGCUCUGUAAGCCCCGUGUGUAUGACGUAGGUGACAGGCAAAGAGUGUUUGUCAUCGUACUGUCCGUCUUCGGUUUCGAAGCUCACCGCUUUCCUCAUUUGACUAUACGAAUAUGUGGAACAGUCGCGGAACCGACGAAAACAGGAAGCGUUUGGGCUUUGGGAGAACACCUUUUCUUUCUGGAGUGAAUAUCCCUGUGCAUUCUAUUGAAGGUUUGCAUGCACACAAGCGGCUGACCGGCGAGUGGGCCAGAAUCCUUUGGAGUGUGUAUGUUCACGAAACAUGCAUGUCCAUCUGCCAGACAAAUACAAAUAAAUUCGUCAUUCAAUAAAAUAGCCAUGCAUCCUAUAGCAAAAUGGACACCCUGUCGGUCGACUACGG